AGGUUGGAAAAAUGACUCAGUAAGUUCAGCGCGCCCGCUCCGGCCGGCCCUGCGCCUCCCGCCGCGCCCGGGAUGUAUUCGUCCCCGCUCUGCCUGACUCAGGAUGAGUUCCACCCAUUCAUCGAGGCGCUGCUGCCUCACGUGCGCGCCUUCGCCUACACCUGGUUCAACCUGCAGGCGAGGAAGCGUAAGUACUUCAAGAAGCACGAGAAGCGGAUGUCCAAGGACGAGGAGCGUGCAGUGAAGGACGAGCUGCUGGGUGAGAAGGCGGAGGUGAAGCAGAAGUGGGCGUCCCGGCUGCUGGCCAAGCUGCGCAAGGACAUCCGGCCCGAGUGCCGCGAGGACUUCGUGCUGGCCAUCACCGGCAAGAAGGCACCAGGCUGCGUGCUCUCCAACCCCGACCAGAAGGGCAAGAUGCGGCGCAUCGACUGCCUGCGCCAGGCCGACAAGGUGUGGCGGCUGGACCUGGUCAUGGUCAUCCUCUUCAAGGGCAUCCCGCUAGAGAGCACUGACGGCGAGCGCCUGGUCAAGGCAGCGCAGUGUGGCCAUCCGGUGCUCUGCGUGCAGCCGCACCACAUCGGUGUGGCAGUCAAGGAACUAGACCUCUACCUGGCCUACUACGUGCGCGAGCGAGAUGCAGAACAGAGCGGCAGUCCCCGGGCAGGGAUGGGCUCUGACCAGGAGGACAGCAAGCCCAUCACGCUGGAUACGACUGACUUCCAGGAGAGCUUCAUCACCUCUGGUGUGUUCAGUGUCACAGAGCUCAUCCAAGUGUCCCGGACACCUGUGGUGACAGGAACAGGACCCAACUUCUCCCUGGGGGAGCUGCAGGGGCAUCUGGCAUAUGACCUGAAUCCAGCCAGCACCGGCAUGAGAAGAACGCUACCCAGUACUUCCUCCAGUGGGAGCAAGCGGCACAAAUCGGGCUCCAUGGAGGAAGAUGUGGACACGAGCCCCAGCGGUGAUUACUACACCUCACCCAGCUCUCCCACGAGUAGCAGCCGAAACUGGACGGAGGACAUGGAAGGAGGCAUCUCGUCCCCGGUGAAGAAAACAGAGAUGGACAAGUCACCGUUCAACAGCCCGUCUCCCCAGGACUCGCCGCGCCUCUCCAGCUUCACCCAGCACCACCGGCCCGUCAUCGCCGUGCACAGUGGGAUCGCCCGGAGCCCUCACCCAUCCUCAGCUCUGCACUUCCCCACGACCUCCAUCCUGCCCCAGACGGCCUCCACCUACUUCCCACAUACGGCUAUCCGCUACCCACCUCACCUCAAUCCCCAGGAUCCGCUCAAAGAUCUCGUCUCGCUGGCUUGUGACCCAGCCAGUCAGCAACCUGGACCGUUAAAUGGAAGUGGUCAGCUCAAAAUGUCCAGUCACUGCCUUUCUGCUCAGAUGCUGGCACCCCCGCCCCCCGGGCUGCCGCGGCUGGUGCUCCCCCCUGCCACCAAACCCACCUCCGAGGGAGGAAGCACGUCGCCGACCUCGCCCUAACUUCCCACUCUCUGGAUGUGGCUCCAGGCGGUACUCUGGUUGAAAGCUCUAGGUUGGUCUUCUCACCUUCUACAACCUUCCACUUUCUAGUCAUGGUUCUAGGUGGUAGCCUGGCAGAAGGCCAUGGGUUGGUCUCUUCACCUUCUAGAAGUUUCCACCCUUUGGAUGUGGCUCCAGAUUACAGCUCACUGGCUCCCAGUGCAUUCCCCCCAUCCAGGGCUGCUUCAGGCUGGGAAGUUGCUCCCAGAUUUCCCAUACUGGGGUCUACCCUGUCAAUGGGGGCUCUAUGCCCAGUCUCUCCCUGGACCCCAGAGCAGGCUUGGGUAGGCCAUCCAUGUUUUUCCAGGCUGCCUUGCUUGGGGCCACCUGCCUUAGCACCCAGAGUGUCAUCCUGCCUCCUCUCAGGCCAAGCCACCCCAAUCAGGGGCCCUGGGCAGACAGUCUCAGAGCCCCCAGACUUUUCCCCACCAUCUCAUUCUGCCCUUUACCCGCUUUUUGACUGGCUCUCUCCCUCAUUCCCCAAAUGAAACUCCUCACCCCACCUGAGCAGGAGGGGCCAGCAGUUCCUUCUGGGCCCUGUUGGCCCCCUUCCCUGCAUGCAGCACCCCCUGCCCCCAGCAUUCCUUCCCCUCCCCUGACCGCAUCCACUGCCUGCCAAGACCCAGGGCAGCUUCCAGUACAGAGGGACAGUGUCUGAACACCAAAUGCAGUGGUGGAUGCUGGGUUCAAAGCCAGCCGCUACAGCUCUCCCUGUGUGAUCUUGGGCAAAUGUCCUCCCCUCUCUGAGCCUCAGUUUCUCAGCCAAAAAAUGGGACAGUCACCGUACCAGACUCAUAGAACAGAGUGGCACAAGUAGAUCAGGGAGAACACUUAGUGUGUUGUCAGGUGCAGAGUAGAGUCAGUGUGUGGCGCUGGUGACCACCGACUCUACUUUCUCUUCUGUGGAAUGGGGACAGUUACGUUGACUUCACUGAGACUGCUGAGUGUUAGAUGGGAUUAUGCGCAGUGCCUGGCGCACAAAUAGACACUCAAUAGAUACUGAGUAAACAUGGAUUCCCUCUCUUUCCCUGCACUGGGUUCUUCACUGUAAGCC